AUGACAGACGAGUACUUGAACUUCAACAGCGGGAAAAUUAACCUAGACGACUUUUCAUUCAAUAUCAACAACGAUGCAUCCUCCACAAUUCCUGAGAAUGAAUUACUAGAUUUCACGACUGGUAAUCCAAACAACAAUAACAUCAACAACAGUCAUAAUCUACAUCAAGGGUCUCAUGGAACUACCCAUCUGAACCCAACUCAAUUACACAGUGGUUCACUAACACACAAUGACCCUUCAAACGUACAAAACUCCUUCCAUAACAAUAGUUAUCUAUCCCCAGUCAACUCACCAUACACUAAUCCAAACCAUCUGUCAACUUCAUUUGUUUCUUCAAGAAAGAACUCAGUAUAUGAUACUUUGGAAUCAGUGGCGUCUCCACAACAACAUCAAUCCACAUUAAACUCCCAAUAUUUCUCACCAUCUCAAAAACCAAUGUCUUUUAGCAACAAUACGGCAUCCCGUCAAAUACCAGAUAUCUCAUCCAUCAACAGUCCAGGGUCUAUAAAUGAUCAAUUAAGUCCGUAUCCUUCAUCUUUUGAUACCUUCAAAUCACCAAGUGUUCGGUCUCAAGGAUUAUCACCUGCAACAAGCUCUGGCCCAAAACAACAACUCACCAAGGAGGAUAAACUACGCCGCAGAAGAGAGUUUCACAACCAAGUGGAGAGAAGAAGAAGAGAUUUAAUCAAAGAAAGAAUAAAAGAACUGGGUGUUAUUGUUCCACCUUCAUUACUACUAGUGGAUUCCGAUGGGAAGGAAAUUAAACCAAGUAAAUCAGUCAUUAUAAACAAAACAGUGGAAUACUUAAUACAUCUGCACAAAGUUAUGAAAUCUCAAGAUGAAAGAUUAGCUGAUCUAGUAGCCAAGAUUGAGGAAUUGGAGAAAUUACCAGAUCAAAACCCUGUACCUCAAGGAAAUAAUGAAAGUUCUUAUCAAAAUUCACCUGCAAAUAUCCAAACGUUUGGAAGUGAUAACCAACAACAUGAAUUGGAUUUUGAUGUGAAUGAGUUCUUAAAAGAUCACAAAACUGAUGCGAACUGGGAUGGGUUAAAUAUAUAG